AUAUUAAUAGUUUAAAAUCACAACAAUUUAAUUGUCAUUUAAAUCGCAACCAAUCACACACUAAUUGUCAAAUGUCAAGUGACAGUUGUUUAUAGGUUAGAUUAAAUUGUCUACGAAAGUAAAAACUUUGAUGAACUAAUUUAAUUUUUGUAAACAAACUAAUUCAUCUCACUAAUAAAAAUGUCGGAAAAAGAUUUUGCGCCGUUAAGUUUAGCGUGCGUGAAAGCGCUACAUGACAAACUCUACGAGAAAAGAAAAUUUGCAGCCUUAGAAGUCGAAAAAAUGGUGAAAGAGUUUAUACUUACUAAAAACACAAUUCAAAUCAAACGAAUAUUAAAAGUUUUACAAGAUUUUGCAACGUCACAAAAUCCGAAUGCUAAAAAAGGUGGUUUAAUCGGUCUUGCAGCUUGUUCAAUUGCGCUAGGAAAGGUUUCCGCUGACUAUACAGAUGAACUUAUAAAACCAAUUUUAGCUUGUUUUUCCGAUGCCGAUUUAAGAGUUAGAUAUUACGCUUGUGAAUCACUUUAUAAUGUAGUUAAAGUUGCAAGAGGGGCUGUUCUCCCACAUUUUGCUGCAAUUUUUAAUGCCUUAUGUAAAAUAUCUACAGAUCCUGAGCAAGAUGUAAAAAACGCUUCUGAAUUAUUAGAUAAAUUAUUAAAGGAUAUUGUAACUGAGAGUAAUUCAUUUGAUUUGGAUGGUUUUAUGCCAUUGCUUCGCGAACGAAUUUAUACAAAAAAAUCUUUUGCUAGGCAAUUUGUUAUAUCAUGGAUUUCUGUAUUGGAUGCUGUUCCAGAUAUAGAUCUAGUUAUUUAUUUACCGGAAAUGUUAGAUGGGUUAUUUAGGAUAUUAGAAGAUCCAGUACUUGAAGUUAAAAAAAUGUGUGAUACGGUAUUGGGAGAAUUUUUACGUAGCAUCAAACAGAAUCCUAGUAGAGUAGAUUUUGGUAGUAUGAUUAAUAUUUUAAUUGAACAUGCACAAGAUAAAAGUGAUAAUAUUGUACAGUACACUGCAAUAACAUGGAUUAAAGAGUUUGUACAAUUAUCUGGAGUUUUAAUGUUGCCUCAUAUGUCUGGAAUAUUUAUGGCGGUUUUACCUUGUUUAGCUUAUGAAUCGGACGAUCGUAAAAUAACAGAUAUCAAAGAAACUGCUGAGGCUGUAAAUUACAUUAUGGAAAAAUUGGUUUCACUUCAAGAGGAGAAAGUUAAACAACAAACUGAAAUUCAAGAGAGUGAAGAUCGUAAAAUUUAUGAAUUAAAUUUACCAAAAGUAGUUGAAGUUUUAACAGAUUAUUUGUUGCAUAAUUCUGUUCAAACAAAAGUGGCUGUUUUGAAGUGGAUACUGCAUUUGUAUAAAAAAUUACCUCAUAAAAUGUAUGAGUUUAUAGAUAUUUUAUUUCCUGUUCUUCAAAAAACACUUUCUGAUCCAGCUGAUGAAGUUGUACAACAAUGUUUAGCUGUUAUUUCCGAAGUAAUAUCAACGCCAACAGAAACCAAAGAUCCCAGUCCAUAUUAUUCCAAAUUUGUAAUAACUUUAUUACAAUCAUUUAGCUCAAAUAGUGCCCUUUUAGAAGAAAAGGGAUCAUUUAUUAUAAGACAAUUAUGUGUUUUAUUAAACGCUGAAGAUAUUUAUCGAACUUUAGCUCAAAUUUUACUUAUUGAAUCUAACUUAAAGUUUGCAAGUUUAAUGGUUGAACAACUUAAUUUUAUAUUACUUACAUCAUCAGAGUUAUUUGAAUUAAGAACUAAACUUAAAAAUUUAGAUUCUCAGGAAAGCUGUUCAUUAUUUUGUUGUUUAUACAAAACUUGGUGUCAUAAUCCAGUUGCAACAGUGGCCCUUUGCUUUUUAUCGCAAUGUUAUAAUCAUGUUUGUGAUCUUAUAAUGUUAUUUGGUGAUUUAGAAGUGACAAAAAAUUUAUUAUCAGAAAUUGAUAAAUUAGUACGAUUAAUAGAAUCUCCAAUUUUUGCUUAUUUACGUUUGGAAUUACUAAAAGUUCCAGCUGAUGAAUGUCUCGUACGAGCACUUUACGGUUUAUUAAUGCUUUUACCGCAAACAGAAGCGUUUCAAAUUUUACAAACACGACUCUCUUGCAUUCCUAGUUUACAUUUACACUGUGACCAAAGAAACCAAGCGGAACUUAAACCUGUACCUGAAAGAAUGCAACACAUAGAUUUUCCGGAACUUUUGAAACAUUUUAAAAUCGUCCAAAAUAAUCAUAAGAAUUUUAAAAAAGGACAGCGCACUAAAGAAUUAUCUGCGAAUAACGAAAAAAUUGUUGAAUUGUGAAAAAUAAUGUAUACAUUUUUAGCGAGAUC